GGAAAUGAAAGAAAAAGUGACUAGUCCUGAGAAAGCUGGAGAAGCAAAAUUAAAAGCAAGGUACGCUCAUCCGGGACCAAAGCCUGGAGGUUCUGAUUGCUUAAGGAAACAAUUGCAGAAAGGACAAAAAUAUUUUGAUUCUGGGGAUUGCAACAUGGCAAAAGCAAAAAUGAAGAACAAGCAACUUUGUGCUGCAGCCCCGGAUAAAACAGAUAAAACGGAGAUUACUGGCGGUCAUACUCCCAUUCCACAGGAACUUUGUCAACAGAAAACCUCGCUUGUUGCUAGCAAGCUGGCUGGCUGA